AGUCAAAAAACAGAAAUAUUAUGGUCUUUAUUAAACAUUAAACAUUGACAUUUAUAUCCUGAGAAAAUAAUAAGACGAAUUAGGCUUGCGCUUUCAUCAAAGUAAUAUUUUAACGCGAUAUCUUUACUUUCACCGUCAUGUCUGACUGCUGGUUACACCUCGUCUCUGUCUGAGAACCCUGUGUUUUCAGAGUCAGAGCAUGUUCCAGCGGUGCUCGGAUGUACGUGCUUCAGAAGAGUCCCUGAAGGCAGCGCCGGCCCUGGCGGUGAUCAUUGAGCUCCCGGGAGACUCCAUGGAGAGGCAAUGACAUGAAAUAGGACUUCAGACCGGAUCAUGGCGGCGCCUCUCGGGCGGGACACCCUACCUGAACACUGGUCUUACGGUGUCUGCGGGGACGGCAGGGUCUUCUUCAUCAACGAUGAGACGCGGACUACUACCUGGCUCCAUCCCCGCUCCGCUGAGCCUGUCAACUCCGGACACAUGAUCCGCUCAGACCUACCUCGGGGAUGGGAGGAAGGAUUCACGGACGAAGGGGCCAGUUUCUUCAUAAAUCAUAACCAGAGGACCACAACAUUUCGCCAUCCUGUGACCGGACAGAUAUCUCCAGAGAACUUGGAUUUUAUCCUGCAAGAACAGCCGCAGGGUGCUCGCAUGAUGUCUCAACAAGCGGGUGAGCAGCUCUCCAGCACCACCGUCAGCGAGGCCUCCACUGCCAUCACCUCGUCCACUGUGGACAGCACCUCUGCCUCCAAGGGCUCCCGGUCGAGUGGCAAGGUGCACAGCUUUGGGAAGAGAGAGCAGGCCAUUAAAAGGAAUCCCAAUGUCCCUGUGGUGGUCCGAGGAUGGCUGUACAAACAGGACAGUUCUGGGAUGCGUCUCUGGAAGAGGAAGUGGUUUGUCUUGGCUGAUUUCUGUCUGUUUUACUACAAAGAUAGCAGAGAGGAAUCGGUACUGGGCAGUAUUCCCUUGCCCAGCUAUGUCAUUUCAGCUGUGGGCCCUGAGGACCACAUCAGCCGCAAGUAUGCCUUUAAGGCUAGCCACACUGGUAUGCGCUCGUACAUUUACAAGCAGAGCUCUGUGAUUGGCUCGCAGGCAGAGCACACUGGGAUGCGGACAUAUUACUUCAGUGCUGACACCCAGGAGGACAUGAACACCUGGCUGAGGGCCAUGAACCAGGCCACACUGAUGCAGAACAACAUCGACACACUGAUCAGACCAUCUGACAAGUUAGAUAAGCUCAACAUGUCGCAGCAGCAUGCAGUCCCACAGACGAACCACAUAAACCACCACAAGACCAAGAUCUCAGACUCUGAGACCACAGGACCCAUCAUCCACGAGGUUCUCCUGGAGCCCAUACACCGUGAUGCAGACGAACGCUGCAGCUUCCACAAAGAAUCUCCUGCCACCACCAUGUUGGAUCUCCCCAUAGGAAGUACAGCCCUGGAAAUGGACACACACACAUCCCUCCCCUCGAACCCCGCGCCCUCUGCCCUCCCACAGUUAGACCACGUGUCGGCCUCUGCGCCCGUGUCCAGGGUUCCGUCUCGGGCACCUUCGCGAGCCGCCUCAACACUGCCCUCCAGCGUUUGCACGAGGAAUGGCCUCGUCUCCACACCGAGCCCCAUCCUGGAGCCCAACGGGAUCGCAGCGGGGACAUACCAGAGAGCCCCGCCGCCUGCUGAUACACACAAGCAGGUGCAGAGGAGGAGUACUCUUGAGCAAGUGGAGCAGUGGGUUCAAGUACAGAAGGCUGAUCACAAAGGCCCGCCUUCCAGAGAGAACACCCUCCCUCGUCGCACACCACCAACGCAGCACAAGUUCACAACGAUGGAUGCAUAUCAGACCCUGCCAAGAACUCCUCGUCAGAGCCCCCCACCCGGCCGACUUGGCGAGUACAAGUACGCCCAGGACCGGCUCAGCCACUUCCGCCUCACCCCUGAGCAGGCUGGCCCAGGGUCCAACACCGUCUGGCAGCUGUACGAGUGGCAGCAGCGUCACCAGUUCCGUCAUGGCAGCCCCACUGCGCCUCUCUACACCCCGGCCCCAGAGUACCCAUUCGGCCCCCGCCCUCCAUCCACUGUGCCUCCCUCUUCUUCAGCACCCAGGUCUGAAGGGCCACCCCGCUGUGUGUCGGUACCACCUUCAUCUGCAGACAUCCCUCCACCCGGGCCUCCACCUGGCAGCAGCAGAACCCUGUCGCCCACUCGGAGGCCGCACACGCCAGCUGAACGUGUGACAGUCAGGCCUGUGGGCGAUAGGUCAGUGGUCGACAUCCCCUUUGCUGUUUCCCCCCGCAGGACCAAAUCUCAGAUGCUCAAGGCUGCUACUAUUGAAAGACGGUCAAUGCCAUCUGGUUACAUCACGCACACAGUCAGUGCACCCAGCCUUCAUGGCAAAACGGCUGAUGACACCUAUAUGCAGCUGAAGAAGGACCUGGAGUAUCUGGACCUAAAGGUAGCUGGAAGUCAGACACUGAAGGACUCAGGGAAACCUGUGAAGGUUGCAGAAAGUGAUGUGGAUGUGAAGUUAAGUCGGUUGUGCGAACAGGACAAGAUCCUCAAGGAUCUGGAGGCGAGGAUCAGCUCCCUGAAGGAAGACAAGGAUAAGCUGGAGAGUGUGCUGGAUCUGUCCCACCAGCAGAUGGAGCAGUACCAUGAGCAGCCAGCCCACGCCCAAAAGAUCGCCUAUCAACAGAGGCUGCUGCAAGAGGAUCUGGUCACCAUCAGGGCACAAAUAUCACGCCUCUCAACCGAGAUGGCGCUAGCCUGGGAGGAGUACAGCAGGCUGGAGAGCUCUGUGGAGCAGUUGAGGAUGGCACUGCAGGCACACAUGAACCACAGCGCCACACCUCAGCAAGAGAAAGGUGAGAUGAAGCGUGAGUUGUGGAGGAUCGAGGAUGUGAUGGCGGGAUUGAGUGCCAGCAAAGCAAACUACAAGAUCACCAUCGACUCUGUCCAGAACCCAGAGAGGAAAUUAGUGCCUUCAGUGUCAGACCUGGCAGUGCCUACUCUGAGCACAGAGGUCCAGCCUCCUCCUCGCAGCUCCAUCCCCACCAUCCUCUCACAUACUUUGCCUCACAGCACAGUGCCAAAGUGGGCAGAGGACACCGCCCCACCCAGGCCACCACUGCCUCGCCUCUACGACUACGAGGAGACGCCCCCUGUGGUGCCUCCCCUACCCAGAGAGGCCUCGGUAAUCCGCCACACGUCAGUGCGUGGGCUGAAACGGCAAUCGGAUGAGAGGAAGAGGGAUAGGGAGAGCGGGCAGUAUGUCGUCAAUGGAGACUGUAAGACUGAUUUGCGGUCAUAUCUGAGUGAACCAGAGCUGCCAGGAAUAAGCCACCACAGCACCGGGUCUGACGCUGACUACCAGUAUUUCCAGAGCAAAGGCUCAUCGUCUCGACAGAACCAGUCCACCUCCAUCUCCUCCUAUGUCACCCUGAGGAGAGCCCCCGGGAGCUCUGCAGCAAGGCCGGAGAGACCUAAGAGUGCCUUUGAGCGUCUGUCCUCACCCACAGAAGCCCUGCAGCUCCCGAGCACUAGAGGGCGGAUGACUGCCGAGGAGCAGCUGGAGAGGAUGAAGCGCCACCAGAAGGCUCUAGUUCGCGAGCGCAAGAGGAACCUCAGCCAGGGCGAACGCUCCUGCACGGGCCUCUCCACCUCCACCGUCACCACCCAACGUUCCUCCUCCUCCUCCAGGCUACCCUCCAACACCUCUGAUCCUUCGGCCUCCGUGUUUGACUGGCAGGAGGAGCGGCCUCUGGCAGAGGGUCAGAGCGAUGAAGGGUGGAAUCAAGUGAAAGAGAGACGGAGGAUCCAAUCGGAUGAGUGGGUGAAGGCGACGGCCACACGCGUACAGGAGGUGGAUGUGGAGCCCUUUGACUACGACCUGGACAUCAGCCGGGAGCUGUCCAAACCACAGAAAGUUCCCAUCCCAGAGCGCUACGUAGAGUCUGACUCUGAGGAGCCUCUGAGUCCAGAGGAGCAGGAGGAACGCUUCCGCCGGGCCGAGCGCAUCAAGAACCUCCUGGCCAAAUCCAGCGUCCAGAACAUACAGCCGUCAUCGUUGCUGGACUUCAGUGAGCUGGACUCGGCUCUACAGCAGCAGGAGAGGAUCAUGAACGUGUCCCAAGCACUGGCCUCCGAGGCCUCACGCAAGAGCAAACUGGUUGCAGGGACUGAGUGGCUGGAGAGUCCGUGAGCAUAUCUGGUCCAGCGAGAGCUUCUGCAGAGCACUGACCCACAUCAACGACCAACAAACCAAAACACACGAGAUUCUUGAGGAAGGGGAAGGAUCAAAUCAUUUCUCAGCGGAUGCCAACUAACUGAUUCACUUGUAACAAGUCGCUUUUUUAUUAGUGAGAACAAGACGUUUUUUGAUCAGAGUUUUGAAAUAUUAUCAAGUUGUCUUGCUUCUGCAUUUAUAUUGCACAGUUGUGUAACAAUAAUUUAAAACACGAGUGAACUGCUUUUUUUUAAAGAAAGUGUAAUUACCUGUUUUGCUGUUUGGUCUGUAUUUUUAUGAGUGAAUAAAAGAAGAGUGAAAUGAAAGCCAAUGUCAACAUGCUCAGAUUCAAGUUGGGGUGUUUUGUCAUGGAUCAUUUAUUUACAGUAUAUCUGAAUAAUAAUGAAAACACAUGAAAAAGCAAUGUCAUUACAGAAACAAGUUCAUUAUUUGAUAUUUGUUUGCUAAAAAUGUUUCAGUCUGUGUGGUUUCAAAAAUAUAAUACAUCUGUUUGUCACAAUUAUGCACUAAUACAUUUAUUUCAUUUUUCUGUAUAAACUAGAACAUAAACAAACAGGAUAGACUAAAGGUAUUCAUUUAAAAGCAUAUUUACAUUCAAAUGGUAAUUUAACAUUGUAACAUGAAGUUGAUACGUAGUUGUGUCUUUUUGUAUCAUUCUUUAUCUUCUGGCCUAUCCUGUACGUAGCCUCCCUUGAGUGGGAGACGUUCCAUCUGCUAAAACACAACACAAUAAACAAUGUUUGACCAAAAAAA